UUGCUGAAAUUAGAAACGGAUGAAGAGCAAGGAAAACGCAACCAAUCUUAUCAGAAUAAAAACUACUGUCACAUCAGGGUUUUUGAGCUCUUCAAAUAGUGGCACAUUAGUUGGAGAUGCUGCAAAUUCUGUUCAUCUUGACUGUCAUUAUAAUGACAAGCAGUGAGCUUUCAUACACUGAUGCACGAACUAACUUCUCCAUCAAAGUAGAAGACAACAUCACUGGAGAGGACGGUUUGUGCAUCAUAGUGUUCUGUGUUGUCACUAUCCCUGAAAGUGUCUCAGAUCCCAUUAGGACAACCUGGUUCAAAGGAGAUCCACAAAACCUGUCUGUUGAAGUUUCUAAUUUUAAUAGAAAUAUUGGAUUUCUUAAAAAUAAGAAAGAGUGCAGCUUUUCGAUAAACCAGUUGGUUCAGGGCAAAUCUGAUGGUGAAUACAGAUUAAAACUGGAGUGGGGAGAAGGAAACGUGUAUAUCUUUCCUCAGACAGUAAAUAUUACUGUUAAAGAGCUUACCCAGAAACCAACAAUAAACGUCCCACUGCUCACAGCGGGAGAGAAGGCCGAGAUAUCAUGUAAAGUUCCAGGGGACUGCUUACUACCCUUAGCAGAUAUUGUGUGGACAGGCAUUAGGCCUAAUAAUACUAGACUUGGAGCUCGUGGAGUGCCUGGCAGGAGUGAGCACUUUUCUAUAAUGACUUUUUAUCCUAAGCCUGAACAUCACAAUACUGAGCUCACCUGCACAGUGACACUUCAAGGACGUAUUCGGACUGAAAGUACUGUCAUCCUCAAAGUAAGACAUUCCCCAGUAAUCCUGAACAGCUCUCGUUGUUUUGUGUGGGGUGAUGAACUGAGAUGCAUGUGUGUCAGCAGUGCUGUGCCGUCACCCCAGAUAUCCUGGCCAGUAUUGAAAGAUAGCACUAAACACAGCAGUGCUGUUUCAGUAGAGGAGAACAUCAGCAUUAGCAACAUCUCCAUUCCUGGAUUUAGUAAAGUCAGCGCUACCGUUGAAUGUGUCAGUGAGAAUCUCAUUGGUGCGACAAAGAUGGAACUCCAAGUGCACAAUCAUGCUGAAAGACCCCAAGAAAUAAGUUACAGUUUGUCAACCCCUUGGAUAUUAUUUACCCUUUCAUUUGUUCUAAAUGUCAUCUUUGCUUCCUGUUUGAUUGUCAUCGUUGUACGGAGGAGAGAAAAAUGUAUGAAACCAGUAGAUGACAACCAUGUCUACAUGACUGCAAUGAAGAGAGAGGAAUCUGUGUAUGAGACUAUCAAAAUGUCAUGAGAGAGGUCUUAGUGAUUUGAUCAGUACAUUACAGUUUUUUAUUACCCAUCUUUUGGUCUCUAUUUUUUGCUUAUGUUAAAAAACAUAAUUCUCUCAUCAUUUUCUCCUUGUGAUGUCCCAGAUGUAUAUGACUCUAAAGAUGAACACAAAAAUCAUAAUUAAUUCCCUCAUCUCUCACCCUCAUGACUUCCCAGAUGUACUGUAUGGCUUUCUUUAGUUGAAAAUGAACAGUUUGCACGUAAUGUCAGCAGCUUGUGAAGCAUGAUGUCUGUGCCUUUCUCGAAAAGUGAAUGGACCCUCUUUGUUCGUCAAGUGAACACACAGUUGACUGGAAGUGAUGGUUUAUAAGUUAAAAACUUAGAAAUAUUACUAUUGUUGUCACACUCCUCUAUCAUUUCUUUUUAGAAGACACUGAUUCUUCAACAGGAAUCCUUUAUAUGGAUUACCGUUGUGUACAUUUUGAAUGGUUUCUGAAGCUUUAAAGGGUUAGUUCACCCAAAAAUGAAAAUUAGCCCCUCAUUUACUCACCCUCAA